UAGAGAAUUGGGACGCACUGCAUAUCCUUCCAAAAUGACAGAACCAACUGUAUCCCACUCAGUAAAUACUCAGGUCAUAAAAUCACAUGAAAACUCUGAUAGUGACACGAGCCAACAAACAGAGUACAGCCUGCUGCAAGUGAACGGGGCAUGGAGCAGACAGACUGGUGGACAGACUCAGAAGGAGGGACGGUUAUCAGCUGCUAAAAUUUUCCAGAGCACCUCAGAACAUGGCCUCUCCUGGACAGUGGUCAGCCCUAUUGUGUUCACCUACAGAGUGAUCCAAUGCCACAACCUGCUGGAUGUUGGGAAUGACACACUGCUAUGUGGUCAUAUAGAGGACCAGGAUGAGCUCAAGGCUUUCAGAAGCAACACCAAGCCCAUCAAACGCUUCAUUGUCAUUGAUGAGACAGUCAAUCAGCUCUAUGGCUCCCAGGUCACAAGGUAUUUUGAGGCCAGAAAUGUUCUUUAUAGGAUCCUCCCACUGCCCACUACAGAGGAGAACAAGUCCAUGGAGCUUGUGACCAGGAUUCUGGAGGAGGUCCACAAGUUUGGCAUAGACAGGCGCUCUGAACCCAUCAUUGCUAUUGGAGGAGGGGUGUGUCUGGAUGUGGUGGGCCUAGCUGCUUCUCUCUACCGGAGGCGAACCCCCUAUAUCCGUGUCCCGACCACCCUGCUUUCCUACAUUGAUGCCAGUGUGGGGGCCAAAACUGGAGUCAACUUUGCCAAUGGUAAGAACAAGCUGGGGAGUUACAUACCUCCGGUCGCAUCAUUUUUAGACCGGACCUUCAUCCGAACUGUUCCUCGCAGGCAGGUUUCUAAUGGAAUGGCAGAAAUGUUAAAGAUGGCUCUGAUGAAACACAAGGGCCUGUUUGAGCUCCUGGAGACUAAAGGCAGGUACCUGUUGGACUCCAGUUUCCAAUCCCAUGACAAGAUCAGUGGCUGCUGUGACCUGGAAGAUGCUGCCUCUUUGUCCACACGGAUUGCCAUUGAAACCAUGCUAGAGGAGUUGGCUCCCAAUCUGUGGGAGGAUGACCUGGACAGACUGGUGGACUUUGGCCAUCUAGUCAGCCCUGAGCUAGAAAUGAAAGUGCUGCCUGCGCUGCUCCACGGGGAGGCGGUGAACAUUGACAUGUCCUUCAUGGUGUACGUGGCCCACCAGAAAGGGCUCCUGACAGGAGAGGAGAAGGCCCGGAUCAGCCACUGCAUGGUGGGGCUGGAGCUGCCUGUGUGGCACCAGGACUGCACUCUGGCCCUGGUGCAGAAGUCUCUGAGCGAACGACUGAAGCACUCUGCAGGGUCCCUGAGGAUGCCUCUUCCCACAGGACUGGGAUGCGCAGAAAUCUUCCAUGAAAUCAGUGAUGAAAUCCUGUGCCAGGCUUUCAAGAUCUGGUGUGAUGAACUUGGUUCUUCUUGACAUCUGGAGAUAACAAUAUCCACACGGAAUACACUGACGCCAUGAUGAGCUGGUGAAGAUGAAAUACUGUGUUUCAUAUUCAAUAUGUUUCAGGCAACACACAUUUACUUGAAGUCUAAAUAUGAAUAAUAUACAGCGCCUUCGGAAAGUGUUCACAUCCGUUGACUUUUCCUAAAUUUGUUGUUACUGGCCGAAUUUAAAAUAGAUUCAAUUGAGAUUUUUGGGGUAAUUGGCCUACACACAAUACCCCAUAAUGUCGAAAUGGAACUAUGUUUUUCGAAAUGUUUACAAAUUAAUAAAACAUGAAAAGCUGAAAUGUCUUGAGUCAAUAAGCAUUCAACCUUUUUGUUAUGGCAAGCCUAAAU